AUGACUUCAAUCGAUAAACCAUACGUUCAUGAAGGUGGGAUCAAACCAUAUUUUGAACAAAUGAUUCAAGAUACUGAGAUUCAAGUUCAAAAUACCACCGAGAACUUAAGAAGAUUAGAAGCUCAACGUAAUAAAUUGAAUAAUAAAGUUAGACAAUUGAAAGAUGAAUUGAGAUUAUUACAAGAACCAGGUUCAUACGUUGGAGAAGUAGUUAAAGUCAUGGGAUUGAAGAAAGUGUUGGUGAAAAUCAAUCCUGAAGGGAAAUAUAUCGUCAAUGUAACUAAGGAUAUUGAUAUCAAAAAAUUAACUCCAAGUUUAAGAGUUUGUCUUAAAGCUGAUUCUUACGAUUUACAUAAGAUUUUACCUAAUAAGAUUGAUCCAUUAGUUUCAUUGAUGAUGGUCGAAAAAGUUCCAGAUUCAACUUAUGAUAUGGUAGGAGGAUUAGAUAAACAAAUCAAAGAAAUCAAAGAAGUCAUUGAAUUACCUGUCAAACAUCCUGAAUUAUUUGAAAGUUUAGGUAUUGCUCAACCAAAAGGUGUUAUAUUAUAUGGACCACCAGGUACUGGUAAAACUUUACUAGCCAGAUCAGUAGCUCAUCAUACUGAUUGUAAAUUCAUAAGAGUUUCAGGAAGUGAAUUAGUUCAAAAAUAUAUUGGUGAAGGUUCAAGAAUGGUUAGAGAAUUAUUUGUUAUGGCUAGAGAACAUGCUCCUUCAAUCAUUUUUAUGGAUGAAAUUGAUUCUAUUGGAUCAUCUAGAGUUGAAGGUUCAAGUGGGGGAGAUUCUGAAGUUCAAAGAACUAUGUUGGAAUUAUUAAAUCAAUUGGAUGGAUUUGAAACUUCUAAAGAUAUCAAAAUCAUUAUGGCUACUAACAGAUUGGAUAUUUUAGAUCCUGCUUUAUUAAGACCUGGUAGAAUUGAUAGAAAAAUUGAAUUCCCAGCUCCAACUUUGAAUGCUAGAACUGAUAUUUUAAAAAUUCAUUCAAGAUCUAUGAAUUUAACUAGAGGUAUAAAUUUAAGAAAGAUUGCUGAGAAGAUGAAUGGAUGUUCAGGUGCUGAUGUUAAAGGGGUUUGUACUGAAGCUGGUAUGUAUGCAUUAAGAGAAAGAAGAAUUCAUGUUACUCAAGAAGAUUUCGAAUUAGCUGUAGCUAAAGUUAUGUCCAAGAAUGAUGAAGGUGCUGUUUCAUUAGCUAAAUUAUUUAAAUAG